CUUCACUUCUUUGCACAAGGGUAGGGCUGUACGGAUCCUACUGUAGUAGCUUCAUGGGGCUCCUGAAUAAGGCCGUUGGGUUUGAUUUCACCUUAGACCAUGUUCUUCAUCACUAUUGCGCGGGAUUAGACCCGCCGAUCCAGGUUUCUGCUACUUCAAAGUAUUCACUACUCUUCUCAACAAACCUCUUCGGCGCUCGAAUACUCAUCUGGUUCUCGUGAGCAAAUACAAUACAUACUACAAAAACAUUGGUUACCCAAACCCAACAGCGGAAAAUGCACCGACAGCUUUACGAGGUUUAUUGCCAACAGUGCUGUAUCAAACAGCCACCUUUCUUCCAGGUAUUACUGACUCGGUCACUUAAAUACAGAUGUUCCCAGGAGAUUGUGCUGAACGUGCCACCCAUGUCUCAAUCCAACGGAAGCUCGCACUUUUUUGAGGACGCUUACGGCCCCUUUUUUCAAUGGCAACAAUUAUCUUCAGGAGCAACAGCUCCAACAAGGAAUUCAAGCGCGCAUGCCACUAACUCAAGAGCCCUGUCCGACUCUACAGUAUGGUGGAGGAGACUUUGCGCGCGAGUAAGCAGUCGCAAAAGAUUGAGGAAUUCAUGGAGCUAUUUUGAUUUUCGCCUUAGUCAACCUCAAUUCCUUCACGUCGAGAUACCCCAAAACAUUGUGGUAGGACCGCAAUCUGGAAUCACAUCGUCGCCUGCCACAUCCUACUUGCACUCUCCUUAUUCCGCUCAAGGCGGUCACGCUCUUUCUGGAACGCCUAUACAGUCGCAAACCGCAGCACUUUUACAAUGUCCUGAAUGCGCUAAGAGGCUAAGGAGUAAACAGAGCCUGAACAGCCACAUCGAAGCCAUACACAGGAAGAACAAGAGAUUUAGUUGCCCAUACUGCCACAGACUAUUUUCGUUCCAGCAAGCUUUAAGACGCCACGAGAGGGAAUCUAGGUGUCCCUCGAGUCGUAACCUUCCAUCUUGAAUAUGUGCAGCACGUAUCAAUCAACACCUCAUCGCUACUGAAGUUGAUUGUGCUGCAAACAUUCACUUUUGCGUGGCUCAUGUCAAAGACAUUCAAUUGGAAUCCAUGUACAAUUAAUGAUUUCUGUAGCAAGAAUCGCUUUGACCAGUUGCACUCGUAUCAGCUGUGUAUUUUACUUCUACUCCCAUUCAGGCCUUUCGGUUUUCAUGCUGUUAUAUUCACUCUUCUGAUGUCUGGUUUUAUCUGUUA